AUGCUCAACUUGACCAAAAUUCUUGGGCGGCGUCUUUCAAGCCGAGCUGUGUCUACAACAGCGCCCAAAUAUAGUUCUUCGAUCGCCUCCUGCGAUGCGAUGCUUUCACGUCACCCUGUAAAUGCAGCUGUGCGGUACAUGACAUUAACGCCUCCAGCAUCAGCUACCUCAAGGAGGGUAAUAAUACCCAGCCUUGUGACAACACAUCAUCCCCAUGUCCGGGGAAUGAAAACUCUCGAUUUCGGUGGAACGAUGGAGAGUGUAUAUGAACGCGGAGAUUGGCCAGUUGCGAAGCUUCAGAGAUACUUUGAGCAUGAUACCUUAGCCGUCAUUGGAUAUGGGUCUCAAGGACACGGUCAGGCUCUCAACGCUCGUGAUCAUGGUCUGAAUGUGGUUGUCGGAGUUCGAGAAGACGGAGUGAGCUGGAAACAGGCUCAGGAUGAGGGUUGGGUCCCUGGAGAGACGUUGUUCUCAAUAGAAGAAGCUAUCAGUCGAGGUACAAUCAUCAUGCUUCUGUUAUCUGACGCUGCCCAGUCGCAGCUCUGGCCCCAAAUUUCACCUCUGAUCACAAAGGGAAAAACUCUCUAUUUCUCACAUGGUUUCUCAAUUACCUACAGCGAGGAUACUGGCGUUGUGCCACCAAAAGAUAUCGAUGUCAUAUUGGUUGCCCCUAAGGGCACUGGGAAAUCAGUACGAUUAUUAUUCAAAGAAGGGAGAGGAGUCAACUCCAGUAUAGCUGUAUAUCAAGAUGUAACUGGAAACGCAAAAGAAAAGGCCAUUGCUUUAGGCGUAGCAAUCGGUUCUGGAUACCUUUAUGAAACAACCUUUCAAAAAGAAGUAUAUUCUGACCUUUUCGGCGAGCGAGGGAUUCUGAUGGGUGCCUUAAUGGGUAUUUUCUUGGCCCAAUACAAGGUCCUCCGCGCAAAUGGACACACCCCUUCCGAGGCAUUCAAUGAAACUGUCGAAGAAGCUACGCAGACUCUUUACCCCUUGAUUGGCGAGUAUGGAAUGGAAUACAUGGCCAAUGCAUGUUCGACUACAGCACGACGUGGUGCCCUGGAUUGGGCGCCUAUUUUUGAAAAAACAACAAUGCCAGUUUUCGAAAGGCUUUACGAAAGUGUCAGGAACGGAACAGAAACCCGUAAUGCCCUCAAAUUCAACGGCAGGUCAACAUACCGUGAGGAUCUUGCCAAAGAGCUGCGGGAGGUUGAUGAGCAAGAGAUUUGGCGUGUUGGAAAAGUUGUCAGGUCUCUACGUCCAGAGAGCCGGAGAUAA